AUGGACUGCGUCUUCCAGGAUCCGCAGCUUCUGAUGAUGCUAGUCUCAGCAGCCGGGCUACCAGCCGCGCGAGCCUGUCGGGCAACCCGCAGGGCGCUGGGCAAGGAGCUACAGACGUCCAUGCCAGUGCUUUACGCCAGCGCCAUGCCGUCCAUUUACGUGAUUGGCGGCGCUUGUCGCAACCUAGGUGUGUUGAACGUCAUGAAGCGACUGGAUGCCGGUGGCACAGAAUGGCAACCAGUGCCAUCUAUGCCCAGCUCCCGAAGGCUUUGUGCCGCAACCGCGUGCAACGGUUAUUUGUACGUCUUCGGGGGAGAAGCUGUGAGCGUGAUCCCUGGCACCGGCUUUAUACCCAACUCCCUGAACACCAUCGACGGCAUGCUCAGGGACUACAUACAAUUGGAUUGUGCCGAACGUUUCGAGCCUUUGCACGGCACGUGGGAGGUCCUGCCACCCAUGCCCACAGCCCGUGCUGGCUGUGCCGCAACGACGGCCGACGGCUUGAUCUACGUCUGCGGAGGCCGGCUGUGCGAGACGGUCUUGGCAGCAGUGGAACGAUUCGAUCCAGGAAUCGAGCGAUGGGAGAUGCUACCAAG